AUGGGAAAAAGCUCCUUCAUCUUAUCCUUAAACUCACCCCCCUCAGCCAACUGGUUCGUAUCUAACCACACAAUCGCAUCCUCAAUCUUCUUAUCAACCGGAGUAAACUUCUCACCAAGCUUCUCAUCUUUCGUUAUGUUCCUCAUGUUGUACAAGACCCUUCACAAGCUUUCCCGAAUUGGAGCGAUACCAGAUGUAAGUUUGGACACCAAAAGCCGCCGCCGUCCCCCUUUCAUCGAUGACAGUAAGAGAUUCUCCGAACUCUGCUCUUGAUGAGGAAAUGGCUGCUGAUUCCAAUGUCUUUAUCAUGGGUGAAGAGGUUGGAGAAUACCAGGGUGCAUACAAGAAUACAAAAGGAUUGUUACAUAAGUAUGGGUCUGAGAGAGUUGUUGACACCCCUUUCACAGAGGAUGGCUUCACAGGCCUUGCUGUUGGUGCUGCAUAUCAUGGUCUGAAGCCUAGUGCUUCUACUUGUAGUGGAGUAUCCUCGAAGCGGCCUUAAUAUUUUAGAAAGGGCGUUUACAACUGAGUAUGAUGAUUUGAACUCUAAGUCCUGUGAAGCUGACAAAGAUGUUAGUGCAAUGCAACUAAAAAUACAAGAUGUCAACAAUAACCUGGCCAAGCUUCACAAAGAUAAAGAUUGUCCAACACUUACGAUUUUUGCAGUCUCGAUCUUACUCACACAAUUAAAGCCAUUCACAGGAUCAAGAUCCCCAAUAACAGUUAGUCUCCCAUCUUCUGUAUCGACAUGAAUUGAGUAAAUGCCCAGAAGCUCAGAUAACGCCUCUAUCACCUCCUGUUUUUGGGUUUGACUGCAUAGAAGGAGAGUUAUUGAGUCAAAGCUUCAAACUCUGGUACAGGUGGUUUCUGAAAGUGCAAAGAUGAAACAAACACAUAGUGCUCUACUUUCUGAAAAACAAACAUUACACAAACAACUUCAACAAAUAAAUUCAACAUUUGAAUCACUAAAAUCACGGAUUGCUCAUUCAGAAGAACAGAUGAAUGGUUGUGUGACACAAGCUCUUAAUUCAACUAAAGAAGACAGACACCUGACAAUCAACCUUGAAAACAACAAGUGGGAAUUAUCAAAUGCUAAAGAAAAAAGGGAUGUCCAUAAAACGUUCUCUUCUUUCAGCUUUUUUUAAUUUCAGAAACUACUAACUCAAGAUAUUAAUUAAUUACUAUAAUACCCUUGACUUGAGAUAGCAAGUACAACAUUGCUGAUGGUAUGCAACAAAUGUUUGAUCCUUUUGAACGAGUUGCUCGUGCUCAUCAUAUUUGAGUUGAGUUUGUUUGUUUGAACAUGUGUAGUAAUUGAUUUGUUGUAGGGAAAAGCUAGAUGAUGGACACAAGCAUAUGAUUAUAUGGUGUCUGAUAACGGUUUUGUGCUUGCUGCCAUUGGUGGACAUAUUGAAGCAUUUCAAUGGGUCUACAGGGGCAACUAUUCUUGAUCUGCUGAGUUGCAAGUUUUUAAUCUUUUAGAAGAACAUGGCAACAUGCAGAUUAUUUAAAGCUAAUCAAGUUAACUUGGGGUGCAUUAGUAUCGUAAAGACGCUUCGUAAAUGUAUAUCGUAAAUGUAUUACAAUUUUUUUGACAUGA